ACAACAGUGAUCGUGCCCAUUCUUUGACGUGCAGGUGUAACGAAAUGGUUCAUCUGCAGAUCAAUUUGCAAAACAUUCUACACGUGGACUCGGGAUUUGUAACUGAAUAUUUCCAUUGAUUCGGACUUGGAGUGAAUUUUUGUAGUAACGAACACAGCCUGCGAGGACUUACCGAAUCAGAAUUUGUGGUUGCUUUUUCAUAUAGAAUGCCUGAGUCAGAGUCUCCACCGUAGCGUUGUAAUUGAUUGUGAGUGAUCAUGAACUCCGUAUCGGUAUGGGACGCCAUGGCCAGUGGCUCGACGGCCGUAGCCAGACCAAUCCGGACGCUGGACCCUAGACCACCGUAUGCAGUGGACAGACCCAGACCACAGUCAGCGCCAAUCCGUAAGCCGGUAUCACCUCCCAAGCCCUUAUGGCGGGAUUCUCGCUCAGACUCCAUCCCCCACAAGCAGCGACGCUUCACCACAUCCCUCAGGAGCAGCAGUGCCAAUCAGGACUCUUACGUCAGCAAGCGAGCUCCUUUUGCUGCCAAGAGACUCCACGCACUCAAUGUGGAGAGACAGAUGAUGACUGGCACGUACCCCCGAGUGGAGAACGGUCGGACGGUAGCAGCACCAGAGUAUGACCCCUUUGCUGACCCUCAUCUCACAGAUUACUUUGCCAGGAAGUUCUCAAUUGGUUUACCUAGACCACCGUCAGGGGCAAAGAGACGUCCAGCUAGCGCCAAUGGUCGGACCAGCAGCACAUGGAACGGCGGCCGGCAUUCCGCAGCAUCAGAAUGCAUGUACAGGGUAACUGUGAAAACCGGCGACAAGAAAAACUGUGGCACUGCGGCAAAUGUCUUCAUUCAGCUGAAGGGCAGCAAGGGCAAGACAGCCAAGCGGAAACUCAGCAAGAAAUCCGCCAAGACUCAGUCAGGCUUCAUGAAGAUCAAGUACAGCCGCAACACUUCCAAGGUCUUCAAACUCAAGAUGCAGGACGUCGGGGAGCUACAGACUUUAACGGUUGAGCAUGACGGCCUAGAGAAGCCGGACAGUUGGUACCUAGAGGAGGUGGAAGUCACCAACCUAUCCAGCAAGCAGACGUGGCUGUUCCACUGCGGGCAGUGGCUGUCACUGUUUGAGACAGAUUGCCAACUCAGGAGAGUGCUGAAAGCUCUGGAUCCCAAGAAACACGGCAAGACAGAGUAUGAAGUGAUCAUUGUUGCUGGUGACGUGAAACGUGCGGACAGUGAUUCCAGCAUCUACAUUACGUUGUUUGGCACGUGGGGUACCAAGUAUGAAAGUGGUCACGGUUACCAGUGA